UUGGUACAAUUGAUAGCAUGUUGUAAGGCGAUGGCAAUCUUUGUUUUACUGUGACUUUAUACCUUGUUUAAAGUUGGACAAAAAGUGAAGUCUCGAUAGCAUCCAUUUAUUUUGAAAACAGAAAAAUAAACCGCAGCAUAAUGAUGACGGAGAAAGUUUCAUCUGGCCACGCGAAUAUGGUGACAAAAGGGAUUAUCCAUGAUCAUAAAAUAGUCAGUAAUCAUAAUGAUGAUAUGGGCUGGAAAUCUAAGCUAAAGCUUCCCCCAAAAGACAACCGAUUCAAAACAACUGAUGUUACCGAUACGAGGGGAAACGAAUUUGAAGAAUUUUGCCUUAAAAGGGAACUUCUUAUGGGCAUUUUUGAAAAAGGAUGGGAACGCCCGUCACCAAUUCAAGAAGCUGCUAUUCCUAUUGCUUUGAGUGGAAAAGAUGUACUGGCACGUGCUAAAAACGGAACCGGAAAAACUGGAGCAUAUUGUAUUCCAGUUUUGGAGCAAAUUGAUCCGACAAAAGACUUUAUUCAAGCACUUGUAAUGGUCCCUACUAGGGAACUGGCUUUACAGACUUCACAAAUAUGCAUUGAGCUCGCCAAGCAUCUAGACAUCAGGGUGAUGGUUACAACUGGAGGAACCAUUUUAAAAGACGAUAUUCUUCGUAUUUAUCAAAAAGUGCAAUUAAUUAUCGCAACCCCGGGACGCAUUUUAGAUCUGAUGGAUAAGAAAGUUGCAGAUAUGUCGCACUGUAAAAUUUUGGUUUUAGACGAAGCUGAUAAAUUGCUUUCUCUUGAUUUUCAAGGCAUGCUGGAUCAUGUUAUAUUAAAACUACCAAAAGAUCCCCAGAUUCUACUAUUUUCUGCAACGUUUCCAUUGACUGUCAAAAAUUUUAUGGAGAAACAUUUACGUGAACCAUAUGAGAUUAACCUAAUGGAAGAACUAACGUUAAAGGGUGUGACUCAAUAUUAUGCAUUUGUCCAAGAACGACAAAAAGUUCACUGCUUAAACACAUUAUUUUCAAAAUUGCAAAUUAACCAGUCUAUUAUAUUUUGCAACUCGACGCAACGCGUUGAAUUACUAGCAAAGAAGAUCACAGAGUUGGGCUAUUGCUGUUAUUACAUACAUGCUAAAAUGGCUCAAGCGCACAGAAACAGAGUAUUUCAUGACUUCCGUCAAGGACUUUGCAGAAAUUUAGUAUGCUCAGACUUAUUCACUAGGGGUAUCGAUGUACAGGCUGUCAAUGUUGUCAUAAAUUUUGAUUUUCCCCGAAUGGCGGAGACUUAUUUGCAUCGAAUUGGACGUUCCGGUCGUUUUGGUCACUUGGGUAUUGCCAUUAAUCUAAUAACCUAUGAAGACCGCUUUGACCUACAUCGUAUUGAGAAGGAGCUUGGAACAGAAAUAAAACCAAUUCCCAAAAUAAUUGACCCUGCACUAUAUGUUGCCAAUAUCAGUGGAUGUUCGGGAGAAGCAUGCAGCAACAGUGAUUUAAAUACUUCUACGAAUGAGGAAGGCAAUGUUAGCAAGUAACAAUUAAAACGUAAAAGAAAUAGGAAUGAAUUCUUAAAAUACUUAAUUAAGUUGUAUGCAAAAUAAAAAAGAAUGAAAAUAAUAAAAUAAAAUAAUGAGUAUAUAACGA